UAUUAUUCUUAGUUAUUUUUUUACUUUUUUUAUUAUUUUAUUACUAUUAAUCUCAUGUCACUAUUCUAUUAGAUUUGUUUAUAUAUAGUAUAUAAAUACGUAUUCAGUUUUUACCACUCAACUUUAAAAACUUGACUUUUAUUAUUAUUCAUUAUUCAUUAUUGCUCUUCAAACGAUAAUGAUCCAAGCCGCUUAUCAACAACAAUGCAAACAUCUCAAUUAUCAAGUGCCUCAAACAACAUAAUCAACAAAGAACAACAAACAGCGCAAAAAAGAAGACGUCGUCGUCGAAGAAGACAAAAGAACAAACGCAGUUCAACUAGUCGUCAACAAACCAAACAAGAAGAACAAACUCAUUCAUUUGCUUCUUCAUUGUCACAAGAUACUCGCCUUGACCUCAAAGAUUUGACCAGGGAAGCGUCUGCUCUGGAAAAGCAACUUGGUGAACUUCAAACACAAUUGAAUAUCAACUAUACCAAUUUUCCAAAGGACCAAGGACGUCGUGCCAAUGCUAUUGCCAAUGAACAAGUGACAGCUACCGAAGAAGAAAUCGACUAUGUUAGAAAAAGGUUGAAAACUGUUUAUAGACAAAUCCUCACCAAUGAUCUUUUAUAUGCUUCAUCUCAACGAAUUGAAGAUAGACUCUGGCGGUACAUAUUUUAUCCAGUCAUUGAAGAGACCCGCAGUCAACUACGCAAGCUCAAACCCAAUGAUUCGUCUACUUUACGACAAAAACUUGCUACAACUUAUCAUCAAGAUAUUGAUACAAGCUUCAAAUUCUAUCGUGACCUCAAUCACAAUAUCAAAACUACUUAUCACAUCGAUACGAAGACUAUUGGAAUUGAUGUAUUUCGACAUCAAAUAACAAACUCUAUGGCGACAGAUGAAGAUAAGGUGGCACUGUUGUUACAAUCAAACUAUAUUUGUAUGGGUGAUCUAGCUCGGUAUCAUGCUUCCUUUGCUUCUUCCAAUUUGGACAAGGAUUCAUCCAAAGAGAAUCAUACUACUUCUCGUUCUUCAGAUGCUUGGAAGGUGUCGAAAACAUGUUAUCAAAAGGCAAUCGAUGUUUAUAGAUCAAGUGGGAAACCCUAUUCGCAAUUAGCUCUUGUCUCUGCUUCUACAGGGAGUGUGAUCGAUGUUGUCUGGUAUUAUUGCAUGAGUUUGGGCAUGAAACAUCCUUCAAGCUUAGGUUACGACAAUCUCAAAUCAUUUUACUCCAAAGUUCGCUUUACCACGAAAACUAUAUCUCCUCAACAACUGAAUGUAAUGGACAAUAUCAAACCCUCCCAAUGUAUAUCUCAUUAUGUAGAAUCUUUUCUUCAAAUGCAUCAUGCAAUUGUCUUCCAAAAUAGUGACAAUUUUCCUCCCAUGUCAACUGGAUUAGUAUUAGCUAUGACUCAAAUAUUAACAACUGCGGUAUCAGAUCAACACAUGACGAAGACUACUUCUUCAACUCUUCAUAUUAUCCGAUCAACUUUGACAAGGGCAAUGGUUAUUUUAUUGAUUUCUGUAUGGCAUCUAGGCGAACGCAUCAAAAACAAAGCUAACUUUAAUCAGCGAUUCGAACUACAGCAUUUGCAAAUGAUACUAUUGAAUUAUGGAUUCGAUAUGCUGAUAACCUUAUACAAAGAAACUAACUCGACUUUGGAACGCCUGAAAAAAACGGCAUCAAGUGAAUCAUCAGCCAUUUUGUUAUCUUUAACAACAUUAGUAGAUAAUACUCUUCUCCCUGCUUUAUCAAUAUGGUGUACAUUCCUAUAUACGAAUAUGGAUAUCAUUGGACAAUAUUGUCAUGGUGCUGAUGGUAGAAAUACUUCCCUUCCAAAUGGUAAAUCAAAGGAAACCACCAAACGAUCAUUAGUUAGAUCUAUUCAAACAUUUUGUUCCUUAUUGAUUGGUUAUCCAUCUUUCCCAGUCCCUGUUAAUAAUAUCCUUCCAAGUGUAUAUCCAUUAUCUGAAGACGUUUUGCUUCUUGGUCUUGUUCCUUUGAUUCCAUUCCAUGCCAGUGUCGACUUUUUCAAGGAAACGGCUUACGAGGUGGAUGAACAAGUUACAUCUGACGCACGAAAACAAGUACGUUGGGGUCGUGUCCGGGAAUUCAUUCGGAAAAUGGCAGAUUCAACUUCUUUUGAUUUUGUACAAUACAACCAAGUGGAACAGAAUUAUUCUGUGAUCGAUGAAAAUGCAAAGCGACAACAACAGAGUCGUUUCAUGAAGGCAUUGGCUACUCAAAGAUUGAUGGAACAAGUAUCUUCUCUGGAAAAGAAUGUUAGUAACAUGGCUAUUUCUCCCAAUGGUGGUGGCCAAGCACGCAACAAGAUGACAACAGAGCAAUUGAGACCUGAUGACAUCGAUAUAUAUACAGUUGUGGUGGAUGCAACUGCCUUCUUGGAUGGGUUGACAAAGGUCAAGAGGUGGGCAAAUCAAACUCUCAAUGUACGGUCUAGAAUCCAAACAAGUGUUCUCCAAGUAGUCGUCCCCCUAGAUGUGAUUGACGUUCUUGAUCGAUACAAGAAAGGUGAUUCCCAUAUGAAUCUACAAGCUCGUGAAUCCAUUCGUUAUUUGGACCAACAACUCACUGUCGCCGCCGAUCAUAACAAGCAAAACGAAAUAGAAUCUAAUAAUAUACGUACGCGAUCUUUUUUACGAACUCAACGUGUGGAAGAGAAAUUGGAUGAUUGGGAUCAGGCAUCUACAUUCUAUAUUGAUCACAAGAAGAACAACUCCCAGCAAGAGCAACAACAAUCGGCACAUCUGACUGAAGAAAACAGCAAUGAACCAGUAUUGACGGAUGUCGACGAUGUGGAUGAUACUUCGAUGAGUUCCGAUGACGAUUUAUUCAAAACACAUGGACGUAGAAGGGGUCGACGAUUUGAUCAAGAUGAAACGGAUUCUGAGGUUGAAGAUUUAUCUACAGACGAUGAUGAAGACUAUUCAACUGACGAUGAUGAUGAUGACAACUAUGCUGAUGAAGAUGAAGAUGAAGAUAUGGAUUCAGAGGACUUGGAUGAAGAUGAACAACAAGCUUUGGAUCAGGAUGAUGAUGAGGACAAUGAUGAUGAAUGGUCAUUUAUGGAUAUUCCCAAGAUGUAUCGCCCUAUUCUUACUUGUUUAUUGUACUUUUAUCAACAACAACAACGACAAUUGGAUUCUGGAUCUGACUCAAAAAGUACCCACGACAAUCAAGUGGAGCAUUUAGUUCUGGUGACCAAUGAUGAUAAUUUGACCAAAUGGGCUGAACGAUUUGGUGAUCCCUCUACAUGCAAACCUCUUUCGGUGUAUUCUGUGGCUGAAUGGGAUCAUAUCUUGAAUACAAAAUCUUUCGAAAGAAUGGCUUCUCAUCCUUCCCAACGACGUCGUACUUGAACAUUUUCUCUCUCUGUUCAUCUCCUCUUUUGGAUUUAGCUAGACUUUAUUUUUUAUUUUAUUUUUUUACUACCCCAUUUUGUUUAUCUCCUCCCCCUUAUAUAUACAUACAUAUAUUUAAUUACUCAAUAAAGAUAUUGAUUCCUAUGGAUGAAACUUUA